AUGGCCGAUGGGAACAAAACGAUUGACUUCCUGGCCAUGGUGGAUCCAACAAGUGCUUCUUCGUCGACUCAUUCUCUGCAAGUUUCCCCCGAUUCCAACCGCAAGAACGAUGAAGCCGCAGCUCGGAAACCUACCAUCGGUUGCGGGCGACGCUCCAGUCCCCUAAACCUGAACAUGGACCCUAUGAAACUUAAAAGGAUCCUAUCGAAUCGUAAAUAUGCAGACAAAGCUAGGCGGAAGCGGAGUCAGUAUAUUAAUGACAUGGAAAGGAAGGCCAAAAGUUUAGAGGCGAUAGUUGGGAUGCUCUCACAUCAAGUUGGCUUGUAUCAAAAGCAACAUGAGAUGCUGCUAAAGGAGCAAGAGAGUUUGAAGCGAAAGAUAUCGAAUUAUCCAAGCAAUACAUAUCACAAGGAAGCCGAAAUAGAACAGAACAGGGUUAUUCUGAGAAAGCUACAGUUAAUUCUGGACAAGCAAAUAGAGAUUACACAAAGACAGGCACUAGACAAAGGCAAACUGAUAACUUAUGGGGAUACCAAUAACCCAGCUCUGCGUGGAAAGAACACAGGGGAGGUGACUAGCCAGCUUAGUAAAAUCGAAGCGAAGCAGGGAAAGAAGGAAGAAGGACACACAUGGAUGCCAACUCCUUGGGUACCUAAGAUGGUGCCGGCACCGACUCUCGGUAUGGAUCGUCAGUCUAAGCCAGAACUGAAGGCGAACAGUAGAUCUAAGGAUCCUUUGAGUCUCAGUUUGAGCAUUAAUUAA